CCAGUGUCCUUGUUUAGGGGGGCGGAAAGGUUUGUAAUGAAAGGCGUCCUAAGAAGUCAGUUAAGUGGGAAUUCGGGUACAUGGAAUGGCCGGCUCCCUAAUGAGAAGAUAGGACGGGUUGUGAGCAGGAAGUGAAAAUGCCCCUGAGCAAGACCAGCAAGUGCUGAGCAAACACAAACCCCUUUGAACAUCAAGCCAACAGAUGCCACGUCUCUACGCUGGGCGCGCUGGGAGCACAAAGAAGGAACAGUAUCUUGAAGCAAUUACCCUUCUGGAACUUGGAUUUGAAGUGAAGAGCCAUGAGAAUUGUGCUCUAGUGAAGAUCCACCAGGGGGCGCCCAGUCCCCAUAAGAAGUUACACAGCUUUGCUGAAAGGGAAGUCUGGAGUCUCAAAGUGGAAUAUGGAAUACUACAUAGCAGUGAAAAGUGAACCUCAGCUACAAGACUGCAUAGCAGCGAAAAAUGAACUGUGCAGCAAGACAGAUCUUUGGAGGGUCACGUGCUCCCAAACCACUGUGUGGCAAAUGGAAGGAGAGCAAGAGAAGCCCACUGGAGACCCCUACACUGAGUGGUCUUGCUUGUAUGACAUGGGAACUCCUUGAGAGCAGAAACAGUGUCUAACCCAGAACCUGGAGCACUGCCUUUGGGAGCAUCCAGUCGUAACUCCUUCAUAUUAGCCUCAUCCAGGUCACACGCCACGCAAUGGACAACGUGCCUCUCAUCUGUGACUAUGGCUCUGGCUUCAGCAAGGUGGGGUUUGCAGGAAAGGAAUCCCCUCUGGCAGUGUUCCCAACCAUCCUCGGGAAACUUCGACAUGACACUGUGUUGGAAGGAAUGGAGAAGGAAGACUGGUUCAUUGGAGGUGAGGCUCAGGAAAAGCGAUGGAAGCUCAACUUGCAACACCCCAUCUCUCGGGCCACCAUCACUAACUGGGACAACAUGGAAAAGAUCUGGCAUCACUCCUUCUACCAGAUCCUCCACAUCGCCCCGGAGCAGCAUCCUGUGAUGGUGACAGAGCCACCUUUGCAUACAACAUCCAGCAAAGAGAGAACCACGCAGAUCCUGUUCGAGACCUUCAACAUCCCUGCCUUGUGUUUAGUCAACCAAGGAGUCCUUUCUCUAUUUGCCUCUGGCCAAACUUCUGGAAUGACUGUCGAAUCUGGAGAAGGAAUAACAUACUUUGUGCCCAUCAUUGACGGCUGUCCUUUGCACCAAUCGACCAUGCAGAUGGACAUAGCAGGCCAAGACCUAACCUUGCACCUUCUGCAACUGUUGACACACAGUGGGCACUCACUGGUGAGCACAGGUGACCAAGAGUACAUCAGGGACAUGAAAGAGAAAUGCUGCUAUGUGGCUUUGGACUUUGAUGAGGAAAAGGCAAAUAUCCACCAGCCUCCUCACCCACAGAAGUAUCAGCUGCCUGAUGGCCAGGAGAUCAGUCUUGGGCAGGAACGUUUCUUGUGCCCUGAGGCGCUCUUCCAGACAGACCUCAUUGGGAGAGACACCGUAGGCAUCCACAUGAAGGCCUUCCAGUGUAUCACCUCCUGCAGCUCUGCCCUCUCCAAGGUCCUCUUCGGCCAUAUCAUCUUGUCUGGAGGGACUGGCUCUUGCUCAGGUUUGCGGUUCCGGAUGCAGAGAGAAUUAUCUAGCCUGGUCUCUCCUACAAUUAAUGUGAAGGUGUCUACCUGUCCAUAUGCUGUAUAUGGAGCUUGGGUAGGUGGCUCCAUCUUGUGCUCGCUCUCUACAUUCAAGGACAUGUGGAUCACCAGCAAGGAUUAUAAGGACAUUGGCUCCUCCAUCAUCAGUAGAAGGAGCUUCUGAUCAUGGCUUUCAGAACUCCAUCACCUAUGCCAUCAUCACCACCCCUCACUUUGUGCCUCACUUUGGCUGAAUUGAUCAGAGCUCAGAACCAAGGCAAACACAGGAGCCCCUCCUCCUCCAGACUGCAAUAAAAAAGGCAAAAAAAGGAUAUAGUCUGCCUCCUUGACUGGCAAGGCUGGCAGUGUUUUAGGACACCUACUAUAUGAAUGUAGAGUAGUAGAGGGGAGGGACUGUCUGGUUCUCCCUGUGAAUUAGUCGGGAUGCCUAAGCUAUGCUGCAGUAACAAACAUCCCCCAAAUCUUAGUGCCAAAAACAAAAGCCCAUUUCUCACUUGUGUUGCAUGUCCAUUGAAAGUUAACAGGACUUUCAGGCAUCAUUUUCACUCUGAAUCUGCUAACAGAGCAGAUGCCAUCUGGAACACUGUCAUCAUUGUGGAUAAGCAUGAGAGUGCUCUGUUAUGAAGACCUAAUUGGGUCUUACAUUAUCGUCUAAGUGUGUCAGCCCAGAAGAAAGAACAUCUUGUGAUUGAUUGGCCAGAACAAGUCACAGGUUCAACUUAAUCACAAGAGACCAAGAAGUGCCAUCCAGUCAUCAGUCAACAUACCCACAUGAUGAGAAAAGCGUGGAUACUCCCAUUGCACGCAAGCACAGCACAG